GCCAAGAUGGCUGCACUGCGCGCGGCGGGGGCGGGGGGCGGCGGGGGCCUGGGGGCGGUGGGACGCUGACCCCGCCCCCUGCUGCUGCCAGUCUGCACCGGGCGGCGGCGGCGACCGAGCCCGGAACAUGGCGGCGGCGGCGCGCAGCUUUGGUCCCGAGCGGGAGGCCGAGCCGGCCAAGGAGGCGCGCGUCGUGGGCUCUGAGCUCGUGGACACGUAUACGGUUUACAUCAUCCAGGUCACUGAUGGCAGCCAUGAGUGGACAGUCAAGCACCGCUACAGCGAUUUCCAUGACCUACAUGAAAAGCUCGUCGCAGAGAGGAAGAUCGAUAAAAGUUUGCUUCCGCCCAAAAAGAUAAUUGGGAAAAACUCCAGGAGCUUGGUGGAAAAGAGGGAGAAGGAUCUGGAGGUCUACCUGCAGACACUCCUGGCCACCUUCCCUGACGUGGCCCCCAGAGUGCUGGCCCACUUCUUGCAUUUUCACUUCUACGAGAUUAAUGGCAUCACUGCAGCACUGGCUGAGGAACUCUUUGAAAAAGGAGAACAGCUCCUGGGGGCCGGCGAGGUCUUUGCCAUCAGGCCCCUGCAGCUGUACGCGGUCACCGAGCAGCUGCAGCAGGGAAAGCCCACGUGUGCCAGCGGGGAUGCCAAGACUGACCUGGGGCACAUCCUGGACUUCACCUGUCGCCUUAAGUACCUUAAGGUUUCUGGCACAGAAGGACCUUUUGGGACCAGCAACAUUCAGGAGCAGCUCCUGCCUUUUGAUCUGUCAAUAUUCAAGUCUCUUCAUCAGGUGGAGAUAAGUCACUGUGAUGCCAAGUGCAUCCGGGGACUGGUCGCGUCCAAGCCCACCUUGGCCACGAUGAGUGUCCGCUUCUCAGCAACUUCCAUGAAGGAAGUCCUCGUUCCUGAAGCCUCAGAAUUUGAUGAGUGGGAACCAGCAGGCGCAGCCCUGGAGGGCACUGUGACUGCCAUCAUCCCCAUGUGGCAGGCGCUGACCGCUCUGGACUUGAGUCACAACAGCAUCUCUGAGAUCGAUGAGUCUGUGAAACUGAUUCCAAAGAUUGAGUUCCUGGACCUGAGUCACAAUGGAGUGCUGGUCGUGGACAAUCUGCAGCACCUGUACAACCUCGUGCACCUGGACCUGUCCUACAACAAGCUCUCCUUCUUGGAAGGGGUUCACACCAAAUUGGGGAACAUCAAGACUCUGAACCUGGCAGGCAACCUCCUGGGGAGUCUGAGUGGCCUGCACAAGCUGUACUCCCUGGUCAACCUGGAUCUCAGCGACAACAGAAUCGAACAGAUGGAGGAGGUCAGGAGCAUCGGCAGCCUCCCGUGUCUGGAGCAUGUGGCUCUGCUGAACAACCCUCUGAGCAUCAUCCCUGACUACCGGACCAAGGUUCUGGCUCAGUUCGGAGAGCGGGCCUCGGAGGUCUGUCUGGACAACACAGUGACCACAGAGAAGGAGUUGGACACGGUGGAAGUGCUAAAAGCAAUUCAGAAAGCCAAGGAGGUCAAGUCCAAAUUAAGCAACCCCGAGAAGAAGGUCAGUGAGGAUUCUAGGCUGUCUGCUGCCCCGUGCGUCAGGCCCAGCAGCUCCCCUCCUACCGUGGCUCCCACCUCCGCCUCCCUGCCCCAGCCCAUCCUCUCCAACCAAGGAAUCAUGUUUGUGCAAGAAGAGGCCCUGGCCAGCAGCCUGUCAUCCACCGACAGUCUGACUCCUGAGGACCGGCCCAUUGCGCGGGGAUGCUCUGAUUCCUUGGAGUCCAUCCCUGCGGGACAGGCACCUUCUGAUGAUUUGAGAGACGUGCCGGGAGCUGUUGGCGGUGCAAGCCCAGAACACGCGGAGCCAGAGGUCCAGGUGGUGCCGGGGUCCGGCCAGAUCAUCUUCCUGCCCUUCACCUGCAUUGGCUACACCGCCACCAACCAGGACUUCAUCCAGCGCCUGAGCACGCUCAUCCGGCAGGCCAUCGAGCGGCAGCUACCUGCUUGGAUCGAGGCUGCCAACCAGCGAGAGGAGGGCCAGGGCGAGCAGGGCGAGGAUGAUGAGGAGGAGGAGGAGGGUGUUACUGAGAACCGCUACUUUGAAAUGGGGCCCCCGGAUGUGGAGGAGGAGGGUGAGCCAGGAGAGGAAGAGGAGGAGGAGGAGGAGGAGGGUGAGGAGGAGCGCCUGGCUCUGGAGUGGGCCCUGGGCGCAGAUGAGGACUUCCUGCUGGAGCACAUCCGCAUCCUCAAGGUGCUCUGGUGCUUCUUGAUCCACGUGCAGGGCAGCAUCCGCCAGUUCGCUGCCUGCCUCGUGCUCACAGACUUCGGCAUCGCCGUCUUUGAGAUCCCGCACCAGGAGUCGCGGGGCAGCAGCCAGCACAUCCUCUCCUCCCUGCGCUUUGUGUUCUGCUUCCCGCACGGCGACCUCACCGAGUUUGGCUUCCUCAUGCCGGAGCUGUGCCUGGUGCUCAAGGUGCGGCACAGCGAGAACACGCUCUUCAUCAUCUCAGACGCCGCCAACCUGCACGAGUUCCACGCUGACCUGCGCUCUUGCUUCGCCCCGCAGCACAUGGCCAUGCUGUGCAGCCCCGUGCUCUAUGGCAGCCACACCAGCCUGCAGGAGUUCCUGCGCCAGCUGCUCACCUUCUACAAGGUGGCGGGCGGCUGCCAGGAGUGCAGCCAGGGCUGCUUCCCCGUGUACCUGGUCUACAGUGACAAGCGCAUGGUGCAGACAGCCGCCGGGGACUACUCGGGCAACAUCGAGUGGGCCAGCUGCACGCUGUGCUCUGCCGUGCGGCGCUCCUGCUGUGCACCCUCCGAGGCUGUCAAGUCUGCUGCCAUCCCCUACUGGCUGCUGCUCACACCCCAGCACCUCAACGUCAUCAAGGCCGACUUCAACCCCAUGCCCAAUCGCGGCACCCACAACUGCCGCAACCGCAACAGCUUCAAGCUUAGCCGUGUGCCGCUCUCCACUGUGCUUCUGGACCCCACACGCAGCUGCACUCAGCCGAGGGGCGCCUUCGCAGACGGCCACGUGCUUGAGCUGCUUGUGGGCUACCGCUUUGUCACUGCCAUCUUUGUGCUGCCCCAUGAGAAGUUCCACUUCCUGCGCAUCUACAACCAGCUGCGGGCCUCACUGCAGGACCUGAAGACUGUAGUCAUCGCCAAGACCCCUGCAACCGGGGGCAGGCCUCAGAGCCCCCCUGUGGAUGGCCAGGCUGCCGAGGACGGGGCCCGCAAUGAGCAGCAUCUCCAGGAGGUCCUGGCAGAGGCUCCAGCUCCAGCCCCAGCCCCAGCCCCAGCAGAGGUCCCAGCUCUAACCCCAGCAAAGAUCCCAGCUCCGGCAGAGCCCUCAGUGCCAGCUUUGGUCCCAGCGGAGGCCCCAGCCUCAGCAGAAACCCCUUUGGAGGCCUCAGCCCCCGCCCAGUACCCAAGUGAGCACUUGAUCCGGUCCACGUCGGAGGAGAAUCAGAUCCCCUCGCACCUGCCCGCCUGCCCGUCGCUCCGGCACAUCGCCAGCCUGCAGGGGAGUGCCAUCGUCGAGUUCUUCCACAGCAGCGUUGCCGAGGUGGAAAACGAGGAGCUGCGGCACCUCCUGUGGUCGUCGGUGGUGUUCUACCAGACCCCGGGGCUAGAGGUGACCGCCUGCGUGCUGCUCUCCACCAAGGCCGUGUACUUUGUGCUGCACGAUGGCCUCCGCCGCUACUUCUCGGAGCCGCUGCAGGAUUUCUGGCAUCAGAAAAACGCCGACUACAACAACAGUCCCUUCCACAUCUCUCAGUGCUUUGUUUUAAAACUCAGCGACCUGCAUGUAGUCAACGUUGGACUCUUUGACCAGUAUUUCCGGCUGACGGGCUCCUCUCCGGCGCAGGUGGUUACAUGCUUGACGCGGGACAGCUACCUGACACACUGCUUCCUCCAGCACCUCAUGGCCGUGCUCUCCUUGCUGGAACGCACGCCCUCACCUGAGCCUGUCGACAAAGACUUCUACUCUGAGUUUGGAAACAAGACCACAGGGAAGAUGGAGAACUAUGAGCUGAUCCACUCAAGCCGUGUCAAGUUCACCUACCCCAGUGAGGAGGAGGUCGGGGACCUGACGUUCACUGUGGCCCAGAAGGUGGCUGACCCAGAGAAGGUGCCAUCCCUCAGCAUCCUGCUGUAUGUGCAGGCCUUCCAGGUGGGCACACCACUAUCUGGGCGCUGCAGGGGCAUGUUGCGCCCCAAAACGCUCCUGCUCACCAGUGCCGAGAUCUUCCUCCUGGACGAGGACUUCGUCCACUACCCGCUGCCCGAGUUCGCCAAAGAGCCGCCACAGAGGGACCGGUACCGGCUGGACGACGGCCGCCGCAUCCGGGACCUGGACCGCGUGCUCAUGGGCUACCAGACAUACCCACAGGCCCUCACCCUGGUCUUUGACGACGUGCAGGGCCACGACCUCAUGGGCAGCGUCACCCUGGACCACUUUGGGGAGGUGCCAGGUGGCCCGGCUAGAGGCGGCCAGGGCCGUGAGGUCCAGUGGCAGGUGUUUGUCCCCAGCGCUGAGAGCCGAGAGAAGCUCAUCUCGUUGUUAGCCCGCCAGUGGGAGGCCCUUUGUGGCCGGGAGCUGCCCGUGGAGCUCACUGGCUAG